AUGCUACGCGGGAAGAUUUUCAUCAUUGCCGCUGCUUCACUUCUUGCCGCCCUGAUUUUACCCGAGUUUGCAUCAGCAGAUGCGAAUCCAACACCCCCUAAGUCGCCCAGGAAUGUGCUAUUGCUUUUAGCUGACGAUGGAGGUUUUGAAAUGCGAUCAUACAGAAACAAAGUUUGUCAAUCUCCCAAUCUGGAUAUUCUGGCAAAGAAUGGAUUGAUUUUCAACAAUGCUUACACGUCAGUAAGCAGUUGUUCACCAAGCCGUGCCGCGCUGCUCACUGGACUUCCAAGCCAUACAAAUGGGAUGUACGGUCUUCACCAAGGUGUACAUCAUUUCAAUUCCUUUGACGAUGUAAAAAGCCUACCUAAAAUCUUGGGUCAAAAUAACAUUAGAACAGGAAUUAUUGGAAAGAAGCAUGUCGGACCCAGCGACGUUUAUCCGUUCGAUUUUUCACACACGGAAGAGAACCAUUCGAUUCUUCAAGUUGGGCGGAAUAUAACUAAAAUCAAGCUCCUUGUUCGGGAAUUUCUAUCUGUUAAUAAAACCAAACCCUUUUUCCUCUACGUUGCUUUUCAUGACCCACAUCGUUGUGGACACACGCAUCCUGAGUAUGGCAACUUUUGUGAAAAAUUUGGAAACGGGGAACAGGGAAUGGGCACUAUUCCUGAUUGGAAUCCUAUUUACUACCAGUGGAAACAAGUUCAGUUACCUUACUUCGUCCAAGACACCGAAGCUGCUCGUCGUGACUUAGCUGCACAGUAUACAACAAUUUCGAGACUUGAUCAAGGAGUCGGACUGGUACUGAAGGAGCUUGAGGCUGCUGGUUUUAAAGAUGAUACUCUUGUUAUUUAUACCUCUGAUAAUGGUAUUCCCUUUCCUAGUGGCCGGACUAAUCUGUAUGAUCCAGGCAUGGCAGAGCCGAUGAUGAUAUCGUCCCCAUAUCACAAGGAACGUAGAAAUCAAGUAACUUAUAGUAUGACCUCACUACUUGACAUCGUACCAACUGUACUGGACUGGUUCAAUAUUUCUGACUCAACACAAUUUGAAGACAACAAUGUAUCAUCUCGAAUCCCACGAACUGGAAAAUCUCUUCUUCCUUUACUCAGCCAAGAACCUGUCGAAAAAGAUACAGCUGUCUUUGCAAGUCAUACGCAUCACGAAAUCACCAUGUACUAUCCAAUGCGAGCAAUCAGAACAAAGCGACAUAAGCUUAUCCAUAAUCUUAAUUACAAGAUGCCGUUCCCAAUUGAUCAAGAUUUUUAUAUAUCGCCAUCGUUUCAGGAUCUUCUGAACAGAACGCGCAAUAAGCAACCAGUACCCUGGUAUAAGUCUUUGAAGUCAUACUAUAACAGACCAGAGUGGGAGUUAUAUGACCUGAAAUAUGACCCUGAGGAACUCACCAAUAUUGCGUUCAAACCAUCUGCGAAGGAUAUAUUUACAAAGUUACAAGCCAGAUUAUUUAACUGGCAACAAGCCACCCAUGAUCCCUGGUUAUGUGCUCCAAACGGAGUACUCGAAGAUACAGGUGCUUACAAAAAUAAUCCGCAGUGCAUGCCACUGGAUAACUUCGACCAAUGAUUGAUCAAGAGUCUCAUAUAAAGAUAAGUAUAACGUAAUGGGUUUUGUAAUUUUUACAUCGUUUUUUCAAGACUUUAUCAGUAACAAUUAGACAUUGCGUUGGUUUAGGA